AGGAUCGGUACAAACUUUAAAGCUCCUAGUACGCUUCUAGUAAUGGCAAAGUAGCUUCGAGUGUCACUUAGAAGUAGCCUUUACUGUUCACUUCGAGGCAAAAGCAACGUGGGUAUCUGUCAAUGGAGAUGGCAUGGGAAUCUUCACUGUUCACUGACUGACAUGACGCGCGUAAAUCUACAUGUGUGCUGCGCUGUGUGUUGUGUCGUCCUUUGUUUGUUUUCCGGCACGUUUUUUUAAUCGCUUUUAAAGUGUGAAUUUACGUACUCCUUGUUAUUAUUAUUUAUGAGAUCCUUCAGUGCUAACAUACUGCUCCAGGAUCGUCUGGGACGAACAACAAUCGGGGAAGCACCCGGAACAGAACAACCUCAAGGAACAGGACAGAGACACCCAUGCACAAGCAAGUGUGAAAAACCAGGCUUCAGUUCAGGACCAGGGGUGUUUACUUCUCAUUAAACAAGAUCCAAGUGAUACCUGUACAUUUGAGUUCUUGAGUCCCAGCCUUAUGGAUUUACAGCUGCAAGAGAUGCUGCUGGCUCCAAAGUGCAGUGUUCAGCUUUCGAGAGUAAAACUGGAACCUCCUGACGUUGCAUGUCUACACGAACAGGGCCAGAUACAGGAACAGUACUGCAGCGAGUCUCCAUCAAGAAGCGAUAGUUACGAAAUCAGCCGGCAGAAUGUCCAACAUUAGCAGAAAGAAACCACCAGUGGAAUCUCUCGUUGAAAACCUGCGCACACUGAAAAGGAAACACAAGCAGAGCCUUCGCAAAAACAAGGCCCUGGCUGCAUCGAAACAAAAGCUCACAGAGCAGUGCAAGGCACUGAAUCGUAAGCGCGAGAUCUUCAGCAUCCACUUUCUCAGGCUCAAGUCAUGGAUCGAAGACAAGGUAAACGCCCUGCAGAAGGUCACUCUGAAUGAAAUCAAAUCAUCACUGGAGCUGCUGGGGCAGAGCCUGGAUCCAGAUGGCGGCCUCUCCCUCACUCCAGUGGAGCAUCCAGAGGGGCAAGCUUUUAUUGUAACUCUAUUAGCACCAGCAAUAUGGUCGAUCGCAUCAAAGCAUCUGCUCAUUGGUGGUAGCCAAGGUCCACCUGGACACAGAGAGGUGGCAGGUUUGAAUCCCACCACUGGCUGUGUUGUCUGAGGUUAUGUCGGCACCCCUUAGCGUGUGCUUUGUCAUCAAGAUGUCUCAGUAGAAGUACGGUCAUUGCAUUACGAUCAAUCUUCGUGGUGAAAUAAAAGAGCAAGUUGAGUGAGUUCAGGGCUAGAUUUUUCCUUCAUAUCU